UUAUACCUUGACAAUGUACUUUCAGCAAGCAUGGAGGGAUAAGCGGCUGUCCUAUAACGUAAUACCUUUAAACCUGACUCUGGACAAUCGAGUGGCAGACCAGCUCUGGGUGCCAGAUACCUACUUUCUGAAUGACAAGAAGUCUUUCGUGCACGGGGUGACGGUCAAGAACCGCAUGAUCCGCCUGCAUCCGGAUGGGACAGUCCUGUAUGGCCUCAGAAUCACAACCACAGCUGCUUGCAUGAUGGACCUAAGGCGGUACCCACUGGAUGAACAGAACUGCACCUUGGAAAUCGAAAGCUAUGGAUACACCACUGAUGACAUUGAGUUUUAUUGGCGUGGGGAUGAUAAUGCCGUCACAGGAGUAACAAAGAUUGAGCUUCCACAGUUCUCUAUCGUAGAUUACAAACUCAUCACAAAGAAGGUUGUUUUCUCCACAGGUUCCUAUCCCAGGUUGUCCCUCAGCUUUAAACUGAAGAGAAACAUUGGUUACUUUAUCCUGCAAACGUAUAUGCCUUCUAUCCUCAUCACUAUCCUCUCCUGGGUCUCCUUCUGGAUUAAUUAUGAUGCUUCAGCUGCAAGAGUGGCAUUAGGAAUCACAACUGUGCUCACAAUGACCACUAUCAACACCCAUCUCCGGGAGACACUCCCAAAAAUUCCCUAUGUGAAGGCCAUUGAUAUGUACCUGAUGGGGUGCUUUGUCUUUGUUUUCAUGGCCCUUCUGGAAUAUGCUUUGGUCAACUACAUCUUCUUUGGAAGGGGACCCCAACGCCAAAAGAAAGCAGCUGAGAAGGCUGCAAGUGUCAACAAUGAGAAGAUGCGCUUGGAUGUCAACAAGAUGGACCCUCACGAGAACAUCUUGCUGAGCACUCUGGAGAUAAAGAAUGAGAUGGCCACUUCAGAGGCGGUAAUGGGGCUUGGUGACCCCAGGAGCACCAUGCUAGCCUACGAUGCCUCCAGCAUCCAGUACCGGAAAGCUGGGCUGCCCAGGCAUAGUUUCGGCCGAAACGCCCUGGAACGACACAUGGCACAGAAGAAAAGCCGCCUGCGGAGACGCGCCUCCCAACUGAAAAUCACCAUCCCCGACUUGACUGAUGUGAACGCCAUAGACCGGUGGUCCCGCAUAUUCUUCCCGGUGGUUUUUUCCUUCUUCAACAUCGUCUACUGGCUUUACUAUGUGAACUAAAACAUAGCCUCCCCUGGGAAGCAAGGACUGGAUUCCUCCUCAAAUCAGUUGUACAGCCUGAUGUAGGACUUGGGAAACACAUCCAUCCAGGACAAAAGGGAUGCUAAAAUACCUUAGUUGCUGGCCUAUCCUGUGGUCCAUUCCAUACCAUUUGGGUUGCUUCUGCUAAGUAACGAAUACACUCAGGUCCUUGUGGCAUUCCAGUUACCAUGCAAGUGAUUGGUACACACGCAGGCAAGACCGAGUCUGAGCAGAUGUAUGCUUAGUAGGCAGCCUGGGGAAAGAGGGAUUAUUUCAAAGCUAUUCUUAGAAGGCCCAGUAGCAUGAUCAGUUAUUUCACUGAGAAGUGGGCAUGACCAUAUCCUCACCAUCUUCAUUCUCAAGGUCGGCUGCUGUUGAGAUGGCGCUGUGCUUUCAGGGCCCCAGCUGCCAUGCUUGCUGAGACUGCUUAGGGCCCGUCUUAUUACAGUGAGGAAGGCGCAGCAGGAAGAUAAUUCCUACUGGAUUCUAGAAGGUUCACAUGUAGAUCACACAGGACAGGGAGUAUCCAGACAGACUCAGGAAACUAGUUUGACCUGUCUGUUUGCUUGAGCCCAUGACAUCUUCCAUUUUGGCAUUUAGAGAUGGGGAGACUUCUGAGCAUUGUCAUGAAUGGUGGCCAAAGAAGUUUUUCUAGCAAGCUGUUUUCCGGGUGGUUGAAAUAAAGUUAACAACCCAGAGCAGAGUGGGAAAUCCAGAAAGAGCUGUUGUGACACACUUGAACAAGCCAGCAGCAUCACGCUUCUCAGCCCCAUGAAUCUGGUCUCUCCAUACUAUGUGCGUAAGGUAAAAGGAGGAAAAAUGGUUGUUUGGUUUUUUUUUUUUCCCCAACCUCACAAACACACUGAACAUGAUUCCAUAGUUUAACUAAACAAACCCCCCAAGACCUAAUACCAGGAGUUAGCAAAGUUAGAAAUGUGUUUGAUGUUGGCUCCAUUGGAAGGCAUUCCAAUAGACUAAUGCUGGCCACAAAUGACACUAACAAACAGGUUGCUUUUUUUCAGAUGACACCAGCUGUCUCUGCAACCUUUCCCUCUUAAGUUUAUUUCUUAAUUAAUAGGCCAUGUUAAAAGAAGGGUUUGUUCCUUUAUUUAAGGCUUUAAUGGUCUUUUCCAAUUUUUCUUCCUGCAAAAAUUCUGUUUAUAUUCUUGGCUGUCAGAAAAAAGUAAUACUACAGCAAGCUGUAUCGCUUUAUGUGUAAGAAACUUUACCUCUGUCUUUUGCAUAGCAAACAAGACUUCAAAGACGAUGUGCACAAGCAAAGUCCGUUUGUGGAUUUGUUGGGUUAGUUUUCAGGGCUGUGCUGAUUGAUUCCACAGUCUGCCUAAAGAAGGGAAGCAUGGAAAACCAGUGGGACAUAGGAUGGCACAAGGCCACAUUAACAUGAUGACUGUGACAAGCCUCCAUUGUCAUGGCAAACAAUUAUAUGCCUGAUCACCAGGCAGGCAUAAUAUAUGGUUUUUGCUAUAUUUUCAAAUGAUGUCUUCAUGGUUCUAUCAAUACUAAUCAGACAGAUGAAUUCGCAUGUUGGGCAGGAAAGAGAAUAAGCUAAUAUAUUUAUAUUGGCAAAAGGUUCAUAUUUUGAUUUUUUUGCAGUAAAGAACAAGUUGCUCAAUUUUCCUUAAAUUUGAUUACUGAAACUUUUUCUCAGAAGGUGACUUUGCUAUCUAUUAAAACAAAACAAAACACUGCAGAUAGCAUCAUUCACUGGGCUAAGUAAGCAUGGCCAUUAUUUGCCUGUAGAUAAAAAUAUUUUUUUCUUCCCCUGAUGAUUCGGUAGCCUGAAAUAUGAUGGCAUCCUGCUAUUCCAUUACAACCCUUUGUACACAACAACUUCUAAAAUGGUUUAGCACUCAGUUUCCUGAAUUUGUCCCAAUGUGGGAUAGUGUUUUGUUGUUCACCAGCUUAGGAAACUCUGGCCCUUGUGUUAUAUUUUAUAUGCUUGAAUGCCCCUGAAGAGGUGAUCUUUGGGCAGAAUCCAGUUGAGUUUCUACCCAUGAGCUCAGAGUAGAAAUUUUUUCCAUUUCUCCAGGGACGUACUUUCUCCUAGACAAGCAUGUGGGCAUCACACUAAUAAAAGUGCCUUGCCCUUCUCAUCAGGAGGUCAGGUUUCAAUAGAAAACAUCAGGCAAGAGCGUAUCAAUAACUCAGGUGCACAAUUCCCAAAUGCCAUUCUGGAAAGGUCUUUUCUGGAGACAACUCACAGCCCAAUUCUUUAGAAGUGGGCUCUUAUUUGCGAUGAUCAUAAAAGCCAUAAAAAAUCCUUGAUAUUGUCACUUAUGGUUACAACAAAAUUUUCAUGUCCCUGGAAGUCAGUAAUCUAGGACAAAGUGGAGAGAAGCAACUUUAUAGCAUGUAUCUCAAAAGCUUGUGACAUGGGAUUUAUUUCUGUUCUCAGUGAUAAAAAAAAAAUAAGAAAGGUAGAAACAGAUGCGCUAGAUCUAAGUCCAUACAUUGGCAUUUAGUAACCAUCUAGGUAGAAACAGCUCAUUCCUCUGGCCCAGAGAUAUUUGUGGAUAUAGAUUUAUUCUUAUGCUCUGUGUUUACUGUAGUUGAAUUGCAUUGUAGUCAUCACAUUGGGAGAGGGCCUUGGAAGGGUGCUAGAUUAUGUAAGUGACCAGUCAGCUGGAUAGCCCAUGGUUAAACUUAAGGACCCCAAAAGUGUGUUUUGGAAAUUCUGAUAUGAUACUGCUAUCAAUUUAUACAUCUAUAUAGAGUUUUUCUUUUGAUUAUAAAGUAGCCAGAUAGCCAGCAAUUAAGGUGUUUUCUCAUCUUUGUGAAAUUCAUCGGCAAAUUCUGACUCUAAAAUGCACAGUCUAAGUGAAACCUUUGAUCUCAAUAUGUAUAUAUAUAUUGUACAUGACUGCUAGUAGGUAUGAAAUGCAUUCUCAGAAUUGAAAACUCAUGCAACAUAAUCAUGUGUUUGCAUAAGGAAUGUUACAAUUCUUUCUACUGCAAUUUAAUAACAGGGAAAAGACUUAAGCAGUGCCAUCUAGACCUUUUCUCAUUUCUUCAAAAGCAGUGCUAAGUAAAAAAAUAAUAAAAAUGGUUUAUGAACCAAAAGACUUUGCAUUCUAGCAUUAGGAACACUCUCACACACAAAACAAAAUCUGUCAGCUAACAAAAGCACAACACAUAGAGAAAGUUCAGUGGGAUACGUAAUGGGGAAAUAAAUCAUGUUUAUUUCAAGGAAGACCUGCAUUAAAUUGGCAUAUAAGUCAAUUUCCAUUUUCUAUAGGUAACUGUGUUCCAGUUUUAUGAUGAACUUCAUACUCAGCAACAAAAACAGCAGAACAAUCAACAAAAAAACAGGUCUUACAACAUAUCUAAUGUAUAUAUAUGUAUAUAUAUAUAGGUCCAUAAAACAGACAUACAUAUAUAUGCGUUCAUAUGUUGGAAUAUCAAAGGAAUAAGCUAAUAUGUUUUAUUUCCUUCAUUACACCAGUGUAUGAGCCUUUUUAAUUUGGCAACCAACAGAUCAACAUAAUGAAACAAGUAAUACAGGGUACUGAACAUUUCUCUAUCAGCAACUCAAUGCCUACCGUUCUUAUGGACCACCGUGCAGUUUGAUGCCACAUUAGUUACUCUAACUCAGAACAUCAGAAAUUAACUAGUCCUCCCAUUGCUUGUCUCUUGCUCUCUUUUUCAGUGAAACAACAUUGUCUAUUGGUGAUUUAAAAACUAAAAUGUCUUAAGGAAACAGAAAAUUAUAUUUAAAAAAAAAAAUAUCCUAGAAAGAGAAAAAAAAAAAAAAAGCCAAAGCCCACCUCGCUGGUUGGGGCAAAUGGUCUCCAUUGUAGCAGUCAUGCCAUUUGCUAAGUGUACAGUCGAUGUAAUGUGAGCAGCUAUGACUUUCUCCGAGCGUGUGUAAAUACUAAAACAGAUUUCUUAAAUAUUUUUAACUUCUAAUUUGUAUUUUAUGGUAAGGCAAUGUGCUAAUUCUGUUUAUGGCUUACGUUGACGUGUUAUAAUACUAUGUAAAUAGUCAAACAUGCUGUAAAUGAAUACUAAGUAGACACAAAUAAUGGUUUUCAUUUUUUCAUUCUUCAUUUUUAUUUUUUACUACGUACGGUUACUGCAGUGCCCCAGCAGAGUAAUUUAAACACCCUUUUGCAUCAUUGAUUUGGAUCCCAGACAGAAAGGUUUGCUAUCUCACUCACACACACACACACACAUACACACACACACACCCUCACUUGCCUGUUCUCUCACUCCCACCCCUCUAUAGAAGCUCAGUAGUGCUGUGUAACAACUUAUAUAGUCCAUGUCACAACCCAGAUAUGGCCUGAGGAAUGACAGUGUGGGAAAAAAGCAAGAAUGAUCUUGGACAAGAGUUUUUUAUAUGUCAGUUCAAGAAACCACAGGUUGUAAAUUAAAUCUCAGUUUUCAAAGAGUAAAAAUUUACAAUGAUGGCACUACAGGAAAUAAAAAUGCUUGUUAUUCACACUCACUCCAGGAAUUUGCUAGACAUGAUACAUAGUAGAAGACCUUUUUUAAAAAGAAAAAAUGGUAGCAUUUUGUCCUUAGAUAGUAUUAUUCCUUUCAACCAAAGACUCUAGAAUGGGGGUAGGGGGUAGGGUUUGCUUCACACCAAAGGUUUGAAAAUAUUUUACAAAUAUACUAGGGCAGUGUAAAAACUAGUAAGGAAACAACAGAAAGAUAAUUGUGAAUUAUGAUAUAGCCCUGAAGAAACAAUUUUUCAAAAAGCAACAGCACUCUUAAAUAACUUCAUUAUUUGGAAAUUGAAGUGAACCAUUUCUGUAGAUAGAGACGCACAUUUAACAUCAAACUUUAAUUUGCUUUGAGAAGUUUUUGUGUGUGUGGUAAAAUCAAUAUGUUUCAAAGUGAUGAAAAAGAAAACUUGCUGUUGUUUAGUUUUCAAAACCCAGUGUGUCUCUCCUCUCCUGUGUCUAGUGACCAAUGGAUGGCCCCGUGCGUCCUUCUCUCUGAAGCAAGUCAGUGGUCUGAUAAGCUGUACCUCUCCCUUUUACGUUCAAAAUUCGAGUUCAACCAGGGUUCUUUUUAACAUAAUUCAAAGUUGCAAAUGAUUCCAAUUCCAUAACUUUUUAAAAUUUUUAUUUGCAUGGGUGUUUAAAUAGUUCUGUUAUGAAUAUUGUCCCCGCACAGUUCUCAGUUGUCUUUUUCUAAAACGUGAUAUUGGAGUUUCUUCACAAUGUAGUGAUUAUCAGCCUUACUAAUUACCUGGUAGCCUUUCUUAAUAUGCACAUAAUGCACAUUUUCCAAUGGCUAGAAAAUGCAGAUCACAAGUGGAUAUCAUUGCAUCUAUUUUCAUGUCUUUCUAAAAACAGGACUACUAAAAUCUCUGGGAUACACGAGAUAGUAAAAAAAAAUGAGGAUUAUAAAUGAGUAGCACAUAAGAAUUAUUUUCUUGAAUUUAAAAUUAUUACAACCAGUUCCAGCAUGUAAAUAUAUAAUAAUGUUGGCUAGUGUGUAGUUCUUGAAUCAAGAAAUCUAAAUAAAACAUA